ACGGAGGCUGCAUUCCGGUCGUGUCUGGCGCGUUGGACAGUGCAUUUUUUCGGGUGUUGUUAUAGUUACGAUCGACAGAUUUUGUGCAAACAAAAAUAUUUGUGUCUUGGUCUGGCCAUCGGAUUCCGGCAAAAUCAGCACAAAAAGUACUCUUCUUGGCGAACUAUAGGCAAAAGGCGCGCGCGUUUCUGCUGCAGUGCUCGUGUUCGUUCCGAUUUCCGGUUCGUUCCAGGCGUGUACAUAAAACAGGCUGAACCAUUGGUUCUGGGAAAACCGCGGUAGGGUGGAUAGGUUAAAAUUCGGUUUCGACGGCAGCAGCCACCCCAUGGACGUUGGUCUUCGUAUGGGAGAAGACAGUAGUCAACUUUCGCACUAGUCGCACCGAUUCCGUAUGCGGAAGGCCAUUCAAUCGUAGCUCGUUGAAGCGGAAGGAUUGUGAUCCGUGGUGAAAUCUACUAAGGACCACAGUUUUGGGUGUGAAAUAAUCGUCACGGAUUUGUUAGAAAAAAAAAAUCGACAUAAAGAUUAUCAAAUUAGCGAUUUGUUACUGCAACGGUGCCUCUCCAUUUAGCGCUAAAAAUAAUAAAUAAAUCAACUGAUUGUGCUUCUUCAUCUGCAAGCUAGACGACGACGACGACGACGACCGCAGUGAAUGGAAAGAAUUCGCUAGAACGUGGUUUGAAUAAUCAAAGUGAGUGUAUCCAAACGCGGACCAAUAAACUGAUCUGGCGUGACGAUAAGAUUAGCCGGAACCUUCCAGUCUACCAGAAGCAUUGCUUUUCAGCAAACGGAGAGAAAGGAUUGUGAAGGAGCAGGACUUUUGCCCUUUGCCCCUCCCAGCAAGCGUCCGAUCAGAAAAAUAACUCGCGAUAAACUGCGUUUGUAAGUGCCCGAAGCGAUCCCAACCAGUUCCUAGAAACAUGUCGAUUUCCGAGUUUCGCAAGAAGAAGCUGCUCUAUGUGUUUAACGUAUUUUUCGACGUUAAUCAGAGCGGUGAAAUUGAUCGCAAAGACUUUGAGCUUGCCAUCGAGAAAAUCUGCGAACUGCGCGGCUGGCCAGUGGGAAACCCACGGAACACCGAAACGCACGAGUCGAUGUUCAAAAUCUGGGAUGGAUUGCGCUCGAAGGCCGACAAGGACAAUGAUGGACAGGUGUCGGUGGAGGAGUGGUGCAAGAUGUGGGACGAAUACGCACGGGAUCCGGACUCCGUGCUAGACUGGCAGCUGCGAUAUAUGAACUUCAUGUUCGACCUUGAGGAUGCCUCCAACGAUGGCGGCAUCGAUGCGGAGGAAUUCUCAAUCGUUUGCUCCAGCUACGGACCGGACAAGCAGGAAUGCCAGGAAGCCUUCCGGAAGAUGGCACAGGGUGCUGAAGAGGUCAACCGGGAACAGUUUGCCGAUUUGUGGCGUGAGUACUUCUCGACCGAUGAUCCGGCGGCGCCCGGCAACUUCAUUUUUGGCAAAACGUCAUUUUAACGCAGCUGUGGGCGCUCCACCGUCAUUUCCAGCUUCAGCCGUAGUAAGAGUAAACAGCAACAAGACGAUAUUUAUCAGUAGAGCAAACAAAACUGUUGCACCCACAUCGUUUCAAUUUUUCUCGUCGUUGGAAUCUCUAGCGAGUUGUUCGAGUUGCGUUCGUUAUUUCCUCUAGCGUUAAGCUCUUAUGCUUCAUUAAAGAAACAAAUGCAAGCAAAGCAAACCUAUUUUGGAUGGAAAUCGCGUUGGUGGAAAUCUGACAGCUUGGAAAAGCGUCUGCAAAGGGGUAGCGUCGUGGUCGUGCCAUUAACAACGGGUGUCUCCACGUCAGUCGGCAGAAGGGCCUUCAGAACGGACAAAUAAAGCAUCAAUCAUCUGGCAAGCAGUGUCGCCAGAUGUCGCUGCUGCAGCCAGUAACGCGGAUAAUCGGUUUAGUGUCAGUUUCGUCGAAAGUUGUUAUUGUUUUGUUUUUUUUCGCUGUUCUUCGUUUGCUCUUGAGAUCGCGUCAUGAAUAUAUACAGCACCACAGCAGCAACUCGCGUGAUGGCGUGUGAGAAUGCAGCAGGAAAAGCUGCUCCCCCGUGUGAGGACGUGAUUAUAAUAAAUAGUGCUGGCAGCGCGAUAUGAUAAAUCAUGUUCAAAACAGCGCGCUUGAUUCCCGCGCUUGACUUCGACCCGAUCGUCGCUGCUGGGGGUGGCACUGGUGUGGCAUGUCUAGCUAUUUUUUUUUUCGCGAACAGAGCGCAACAAGGGCAGCGAAAGUGAACGCUGGAUCAUCACUCUUUUGAGCAUUGGGUUUUAUUUUAGUAGGAAACUAGUGCAGAUUGGCUACCGAAAAAUGCUUUGAAAAUAAAUCCAGAAACAUAUCCAGCAGCGAAUUCCGAUUCCGAUUGGCACAAAUCAGAUGUUGCGUUCUACACUCAAAACGGGAUAGGUGUACAGACAUCCGGCCUUAUUUGAAACAUUGACCGUUGCAUCGAUUUAUAUUAAAACUAUUCGUUUCACAAUCGUUACCGAACGACGGAUUAAUUCAUAUAUAUUUCUAAAUUUCAAAUACAAUUUUAUUCGCAAAGGCUUGCAGUCUAAAAAUAGAAAUCAAACGUGAAACUCGUCAUUCUCAAAAGAAUGGAAUUGCUAUUUAACAUAACCAUACACGUGAAAUUGCAAUUAGUUUAAGUCACAUCGGCAGCACUGACCCGUACAGUUGUGUACGACCGCUGGUGUAAAGCAGUAUCGUAUUGUGCAAAUUUUGUUCCCCACCCAGUUUAUUGUAAGCAACGAUUUAUAGACCCUAGUUUUUGCGGAUAAUAUUAAAGUGUUUUGGUAUAGCGGAAAAGACUUUACAUCCCAUUCGAUUCUAGACGAAACAUUUCUGAAGUACCUCAAGAAAGAAAAUUAGGACUUAUUGUAUUCAUAAUGUAAUCAUUAAUAACUCUGGGCGAGUAUUGAAAUUCUUGGAUUGUAAUCAUUUUGCUAAUGAUACUGCAGUGUUUUUCCAAACUAAACUCUGAUUUUUGCUAUUAUUCAUUUGAAUGAUUUGCGUCCGCUCAACCAAGUUAACGAAAACAUCCAAAUCUAAUGUUAAAAAUUUUGUUUACAAUAGUUACGUAAAUGGUAUAAAAGCUUUCUCAAAACGUUUUAUUACAUUUUUUUAGAUUUUUCCUCUUGCAAGUUUCUGUUCUAUAAGUUGUCACGCAUUGUACAGGGUGCGCCAUAAUUAUUGCAACAAGAAACUGGUCCUCUAACCAUGUUUUUGGCAAGUAAGACAAAACUUUUGAAAUGAAAAUAAUUUAUUGAGUAAAAACAAUUGAUGAAAAACAACAACUCAUUCAAUGUGUCCUCCUUUAGCUCUGAUAACAGCUCGGAGAUGCUUACGCUAAGGCGGACCGAAUGUGAUUUUGAGGAAUUCCCUUCCAUCAAAUUGAGCAAAGACUUCUUCAGCUCGUCCAAACUUGUGGGUUUUCGUGAUCCCUCAAAUCGAAAAGUCCAUCUCGUUGAGAUCUGGCGAGUUUGAAGGCCACUCAUUCUUGGUGAUGACAGAGGGAAAGUUAGACUUGUUAAUUAGUUAAAAAUUCUACGAGUACCUCUAAACGAUUUUCAGCAGAGCAAAUUCAUUCUACAAAUCAUCAUCUGUAUUUUUUCUAGGGAUCCAAUGAAAAAAAAAAAACAACCUAAAA